AUGAUCUUUCCUGGUUGGGGAGGACUCGUCGAUUGUCUUAUGAGUCUGGACGUCUGCCAAUGGGGUAUAGCACAACUUUCUAUGGCUCUGUUCAACGCAAAGGUAGAAUGGACGGAACACGUUCUGCAUGUGGUUCUAGAGAAUGGGAUGAAGCUAACCACAGAGAGCUCUGAAGUUACUUUGAAGGGCGUCGAGGAUAAAGUUAUUAAUAAGGUAUUUGGUUCUGAGAUAUAUCACGCGAUUGCUGAAUGCGCUAUGCGGCGAAGGGAAAUGGCAGAAGGGAGAGAUGUAACCGAAUGCAGAGAGGCCUACGCAUUGAGAACAAGCUCUAUACAUAGGAUGUUUCAAUACCCUAAUGAUAUUCCUCUUUCACUUUUCCGAAUGCAUUCCAAUAAGCUUCCUUGUCUGCUCUUUCCCGUCACUGUCAUUUUCAUAGACAGUGACAUUACAUCCCUUCCAAUAUAUCAUUUGACCCCUGCCCAUAAUCAUUUUGACACGGUUCUCAUCGACAUUAUCAAAAUCUAUUGUCGAGUCGAGAGGUUGUGCAUCGAAAGCCUGAUGACUGGUUAG